GUCUUUAUCAAUGGUAUGUAGCUGAGCUUCAAAAUGGAGUCCAUCUCCACACAAAUGUAUGAAGGAAUGCAGCACAUGUCAGAGGCAGUGUUUUUUGGGAUGUCUUGGAUAGUGGGUACCUCCUAUCAGCUUGCUAUGAGGAGGCGGACAGUGGACAUCUGGGAAAUGGUCAAGAGAGGAAUAUCACAAAAUGAUUGGGCCGUAUUGAUGAUGGGUGGAAGUUACAGAGAAGGUUUUAGAUGGAUUGGAUCAGAUAUUGACUGGAUGUUAUGGCCAAACAACCACCGGGUGAUAAUGGACAAGUCUCAGUCUGGUUCUUACAACACAGCCAAUACAACCUUGAUUCUCUCUGACAUUUCUGAAUGUUCACCAGGAUUCACUUUACUUCAGUUACUGACACCAUCAAAAAGAGAACAAGUAAAGUUAGCAUGUGUCAGAAUGAAUGACAGAAACUAUAUAUCAAGUUCAAAAAUCAGACAGUUAUCUUUGCCAAGAGAAUUUCCUGAUUCUACUCAACAUGGACCCUGCUAUAGUGGUUGUGUUGCAGGGAUGGUAGAAUUUGAUCUUGCUUCUUGUUUCGCUUGUGACUUUUGGCCUCCGUCUGCCACUGCAUGGACAGACAGAUGUCAUUCGUGGCCUGAUCCUGAGGUUGGCAAUGAUAUUGUAAAUAAUGGAUGUCAUUUUGUAGCAAUAGGACACCCAUUAGGACUCCAUCAACAUGAAGAAUGGAGAAUUUCUUUUACUCAGGCUGAAAAUAAACUUGUUAACUCAAUGAACCACUGUCAGUUUUUGACAUAUGCGUUGUUAAAAUUUUUCUUAAAAGAAGUAAUUAAUCUGGAAUCAGAAGAACCCGCUCAUCUGUUGUGCUCCUAUCACAUGAAGACAGCAGUUUUUUGGGCGAUUCAACAAAACCUACUAUCUCACUGGUGUCCACAAAAUUUCCUGGCCGGUUUCUGGGUCUGCUUCAAACUCCUCCUUAAAUGGGUGCAUGAGGGGGUUUGUCCUAACUUCUUCAUCCCACAAAACAACCUGUUUCUGACAAAGGUCCAUGGCUCAGCACAAAAUAGAUUGUUUCUACAGUUUCAUGAAUUGUAUGAGAAAGGUCUAGCCUGUUUAUUACAGAGUUCCACUAUCAGGUCCUGUCUUAUUGACGCUCUGUGCUAUCCCAGAGUUUUUAUUUGUACAGAUCAAAAUAUAAUGCAGUCUGAAGUUGAUAAAGAUUUAGAAAUCAUCAGCGAGUCCUGUUCUUAUAUUUUUGAUUCGCAAACACCAAUUAGUGGAAACCCAAGUGGCCUUUCCAAAGAACUAUGUCGCAUCAUCAAAGGCAUACAUAUUAUGGAACAAUUAGUAGUUUCAACCGUUACACCAUAUCAAGUUAUCUUGUUACAAAAACUUACAUCAACUGUUCUUCGGUAUGCAGCCUUUCUAUUACAUAUGAACACUAACGAAAGUGUAAAUAAAAAGAUGUAUAUUGCAGACAAACUUUCCUGUCACAUGCUUAAAUUUGCAGCCAAUUUUGGGUAUGUGUCUGAUUUGCUGCAUAUUGCCAUGUAUUAUUACAAGACAGGUAGAUACAGGAAAGCUUUAUCUGUUAUAGAUAUCACAAAAGCCAGGUUAGCAAAGCCAUAUUUGGUGUACUUGAACCAGGUAGAUAGAGAGAUAUAUACUGAGGCUUUGGGGGGACAGUCCUGGUCUACAAAGAUUAGACAGGCUGUAGCAGAAGACAUUAGACUCGAUAACCAAAUCUGUUAUAUCAAGGAACUUGUAUUGGAACAACGGUCAGGUCGACAGAAAAGCAUGGUUGCAUUAAAUGUCCCAGUCUUUGUAAUGUUACACUUCCUUGAGUUCUUGUGUUACAGACACAUCGAUACAACAUUAUCACUAAGAGCUUUAGAUGAGCUACAGGUCCUAGUUCACUAUGAUGAAGGACACUAUUUAGGUUUUAUAUUUAGAGACAUCUCUUGGGAGAUCCUCGGAAUCUGUCAACACAUCAGAGGGAAUCGCCAGGGUGCUUUGUACUCGUUCCAACAAUCACUGAACGUACAAUAUCCAUACAACAGAAUACAAGCUGCUACACAGAGGAGAAUACAAGAUGUUCAGGCAACCUCAUACCAGUAAUGAAAUGAGUUAUCAGAAACAGUCAGUCCAUCUAUUGGAAAUGUUUGUCAACUCUUAACUUCUAAAUUAUUCAUCUUUGGCUUUUAAAAAGAUAAUCGUUCUUACAUGGGCGCCGCCAUGUUUGACGCCACUUAAUAAAAACUGAUAUUAAAUAUUGAUGGAUAGUGGCAGAAAAAAAAAAUUUUUUUUUGCAUUGUCAAAUGACAUUUUGUGCAUAUAUGCGCCUGGAUAUUGAAUAUUUAGCUAUGAAUGUAUUUAGGAUGACGGGUUGUUGUAUCUAACACUGAAAAAUAGUUCCAUGCGGCAUGUUCCAGGAGCAAUGUUUCUGAACUAUAUUGAUCCCUUAAAAGCAACAGUUUAUGUCGAAAAUAAAUCAUUCGACAUCAGAAUUUCUCUUUACUUUUUAUGCACUUCACUAUAGCUGAAUUUUUUUUUAUGUUUAUGUUUUUUA